AUGUAUGAAGGUAUGUCCAGUGAGCUCCCUAAGGUGGGAUGGUGUAAAUUUGUGUGGAAUAGACUAACUGUUCCUAAACACAGAUUCAUUCUGUGGCUUGCAAGCCAUGACAGACUCAAAACAAGAACAAGGCUUCACAAAAUGGGCAUUGGGUGUGAUCAGCUUUGCCCUGUUUGUGGCAACAAUGAUGAAACUGUAAAACAUCUCUUUUGUGAUUGCACUUUUAGUGCUAGCUGUGCUGCUUCCCUGUUGCAUUGGUUGGGGUUGCAUUGUACCAAAUCUGACAUGGGACAGAUUAUGAUCUGGAUAAGAAGAUCCUGCAAAGGGGACUUCAGAAGGAAGGUGGCCUAUACCACUAUGGCUUCUUUGGUCUAUCACAUUUGGAGAGCCAAGAAUACAGCUGUUUGGGAUAUGACAGUGCCUACUUUUCAGACCACAGUGCAAAGAGUUCAGUCUGAUGUGAAAUGUAGAGUUCAGAACCUAAUAAGUAAGAGUGUAAAGCAAUCAGAUAGGGAUUGGUUUUCUUCCUUGUAA